GGUAGAUGAAUAUAAGAACAUCUAUGUUGGUGAAGUAGGAUGUGCUCCUCAGUGAGAAAUAUGUGACUUAUACAACUCUACAAAAUGUAUUGUAUGCGCAUUUCCAUCUGAUAACAAAAGCUUACAGUUGGGAGGAACGAUAGAGAGUAAUUUGCCUAAAAGACCUCACUUCAGUCAUGGAAGUCAAAAAUGUCUUCGUAUGGAUAAUCUGUUUCAUGAGAUGGUGAAGGUUAUUAAAUAUCAAAACAGAGUAUAUUUGCAGAGAAUUACGCUUAAUAAAUGCCCUCCUGAGAAAUAUAUUUAUGGGUAUUAGCUUCGUCUUAUUAUAGGCUUUUUUGAGAUGCUUGACACAAAGAUUGAAUUGAAUGAUCAGGACCCACAGCUGAAGAUUGUAUCAUCUGAAACUAUCCAAGACCUUUCCUUCAAUCUGGCAUUUGUGUUGAAAAGUGUGAACCUGAUUUGUACUAUCCUAAUUUUCAAAAUUUCACAUGAAUAGAAAGUGAUUUUUAUAACGAAGCAAUGAUCUCAUCUAUUCCUGAAUGACAGAAAGGUUCAAUCUACUCCAAAUAUAAUCUUCAAAUUAAAAUCAAUGUAAUUGGAUCGCCAACUCCUUCAUUAUUUGGAUCAAACAACUAUCUUCAGGUUUCAGUGAAUAACUCAAGAGGGAGUGUAAAUAUGAUAAAAUUGACCCAAAUGGCUCCUGAUCCUUCUCACAAAGGAGGGUUGAUGAAUAUAUUUGUAUCUCAAGGAAAACUUCAAAGCUCUUCUCUUUCUAAAAUUUUAACUUUUAAGUUACACACUUCAACAUUAGAGCAAUUUCCUGAUGAAACUUUUGUGAUCAGAGCAGAAACUAGCAACACUUGAGGAGAUAAAGCAGUCUCGUAUUUAAACUUAAGGAAUGCAGCCACUCCUACUAUUGGAGACAUGAAAAUCAGCUGUCCCUCUUCGCCUUGCAAGGUUCAAGAGCAAUUUAAAAUAAAACUAACUGGCAACUGGCACGAUGGAGACCCUACAAUAAUGAGACUUUACAUUAGAAUAUUGUUUGAACUUCCUGAUCGAAGAAAGAUCUUUGGGCAUAUAUCCGAGUAUCGAAAAGAAGAAUUUGAGUUCAAGCUUCCGAUCUUAUCAUUUAAAUCUGACAAUAAUCUUCCUGUGCAUGUUUUGGUGGAAGCUACAAGUAUUGUCCAUGCCUCUAAAAUUUUGAAUAAGACCAUAAUUGUAAACAAUACUUUUGAUGGUGAAAUGCGUAGUUUACUUUUCAAAGAUUUAUCAAUUAAAAAUCCAGUUUUGAGUCCUUUAUUUCAGCCUGCAAGAGCAGGUACUGAAUGAGUUUACGACUCUGAUUGCAGCCAUUCAUCCAAAUGAAUGCCAUUUGGGACUGGGUCUUUUUGCCAAUGCAUCCAAGGAUACUCUGGGAUUGACUGAACAAUUCCAUCUUAUGAAUUUGCACUUUUAAGUAUGAAGCAAGGCAAGUGAACAAACAUUCAUACAGCUUUCAAGAAGGUUAAUUGAACUUGAAUUUAAAGACAGAACUGCAUUCGAAGAUACUUUCCUGAUCUGGGCUGACUACUUGAUAAGACCUGAGUUAGUAUCCUUCCAAAUGCUAGACCUUGCCAAUAAAGUGUUAGAUAGUUCUUCCGACAUGUCAGACAAAGUGGUGUUUUCUCUCUCAGAAAGAUUUACUGUUUCUUAUAUUGAAGCUCUUUCAGGAUUUGUGAAAGCAAUCCAGUACCAUUAUUCCAACAGAUUUUGGAAGGGCAGUGAUGAGUUGAAGAUUUACUUUGAUGAAAAUCAGAAAGAGCAGCUGUUACAGACAUAUGAGCAAACUAUUUUGGUUGUUAAUGAAUACUUGAGGAAAAUCAGUUAUAAGAUUGGCAAAGGAGAUCCAGUUUUAAGACUUGAGAAUGAUAUUGCUGUCUUUAUGAUUCAAUACAUAGACAUUGGCAGGAUGAAAAAUGGAGAUAGUUCUUUAGAUAUUGGAAAAGAUUUUAGUGUGACUAUUGAUGAAAGAUUCUUGGAAAAGUCUGAUGCUUGUGAAAAUUUGGAAGAAGUUAAGAUGCUUUCAAUUGCUUGGAAGAUAUUUCCUCUUAAAAGAACAUUAAGUGAUGAACCAGAUAUGUUUCUGAAAAUGAUAUCAAUAUCCUUUAUAAAUAUGGAUCUUACUCCUGUACAAAAUAUGUGAAAUGCAUAUAAGAUUGCUUAUUUUUCAAAUCCAAAACCAACCAAUCCAUCCUUCCUAAAUUGCACUGAAUCCUUCUCAUCAUCAUUUUCUACCAGCAAGAUUAUACAGAAAUGAAACAUAAUCCAACCUCCAACUCUCUCUAUUGACUCAAACCCUCUUCAGACCCCUCCAAAAUCCAAACCAACCCCAUCCCAAUCCAUCUAAUCAACAAUCCUCAUGAUAACCACCAAAAUACCCACCCAACCCCCCUUCAAACUCACUGGCCUCGGUCCCUUACCUCCCUACACUUUCUACCUCUCCAGCCUGCUCAACCCCAUCUUCUUCCUAACCACACUGCUCAUCCUGACCUACCUCUUGGGCCUCAGAUCAAUCUCCAAAUCCCCAAACUCCCCCAAUAACCCUCCAGUAUCCGAAACCUCCUUAUCAGAAUCCCAAAAUCCUGCUCAAUAAUCUCCACUAAAAUC